CGUCACGGAGGGCCGGGAAGCCGCCGGGGCGGUGCUGGAGGAAACGGAAGAGUGUGUAGGGGUGGGAAUGCCCGCCCCGUUCCGGGGUGAUGCCGCCGCAGCGGCGCCCAGCGGGACCCUCGGGCCUCCUUGUGAAAGGUCUGAUGGCUCCAUGGGAAUUACGUUCUGUAAACAGCUGUGACCUGGUUUGAUUUUCUUCCUUUAAAGCACCUAGAAGUCUCCAUUGAGAACUGGAGCGUGACAAGUUAACUGGGAAAAAAGAAGCCAUUCUUUCCAUUCCAUGGAUCCCUUGGGUGCACCUUCCAAAUUUGUGGAUAUCGACAGUCUGCCAGGCUGGAGUGAUGUCUAUGAGGCUAAGCAGCUGGACUCUCACCCAAACCCUGUUGAAAAAGCUCAAGUUGAUAUUAGAUCACCUUUUCCAUACAGGAAGGACAUCAAUGCAAAAAUAAUAUUAUGGAAAGGAGAUGUAGCAUUACUGAACUGCACAGCCAUAGUAAAUACCAGUAAUGAGUCUCUCACCGAUAAGAAUCCAGUAUCUGAAAGUGUCUUCAUGCAUGCUGGGCCUGACCUGAGGGAUGAACUCCAGAAGCUCAAGGGGUGCAGGACAGGGGAGGCUAAACUCACCAAGGGAUUUAAUUUGGCUGCACGCUUCAUCAUUCACACAGUCGGACCCAAGUACAAGAGCCGGUAUCGCACAGCAGCUGAGAGUUCUCUGUACAGCUGUUACCGCAAUGUCCUGCAGCUCGCAAAGGAACAGGCAAUGUGCUCUGUAGGAUUUUGUGUCAUUAACUCUCUGAAAAGAUGCUACCCCUUGGAGGAUGCAACCCACAUAGCACUGCGCACAGUUAGAAGGUUCCUGGAGAUUCAUGGGGAGACCCUAGAGAAGGUUGUGUUUGCAGUCUCUGAGCUCGAAGAGGCCACUUACCAGAAGUUGCUGCCUCUGUAUUUUCCAAGAUCAUUGGAAGAAGAGAUACAAUCCUUGCCUUACCUCCCUGCAGAUAUUGGUAAUGCGGAAGGGGAGCCUGUAGUACCAGAGCGGCAGAUCAGAAUUACUGAGAAGCCAGGUGUUCCAGAUGAUGCUUCAGAUGAAGAGGGGUUGGAGGCAGACUUGUCUUUCAUUGGUUCCCAUGCUUUUGCCCGCAUGGAGGGAGACGUUGACAAACAGAGACGCCUCAUCCUUCAGGGACAGUUGUCAGAGGCAGCACUGCAAAAACAGCAUCAGAGGAAUUACAAUCGCUGGCUGUGUCAAGCAAGAGCUGAAGACCUCUCUGAUAUUGCUUCCCUCAAAGCCUUGUACCAGACAGGUGUGGAUAACUUUGGUCGCACAGUAAUGGUAGUGGUUGGAAGGAAUAUCCCUGUAACAUUGAUAGACAUGGAAAAGGCUCUUCUGUAUUUCAUCCACGUCAUGGAUCAUAUUGCAGUGAAGGAAUAUGUCCUAGUGUAUUUCCAUACACUCACAAAUGAUUACAAUCAACUAGACUCUAAUUUCUUGAAGAAACUCUAUGAUGUUGUUGAUGCCAAGUACAAGAGGAAUUUGAAGGCACUGUAUUUUGUCCAUCCAACAUUUCGUUCAAAGGUCUCGGCAUGGUUUUUCACAACUUUUACAGUCUCAGGGCUAAAGGACAAAAUCCACUAUGUGGAAAGCCUUCAGCAGUUAUUCACAGCCAUACCCCCAGAACAGAUUGAUCUUCCCCCUUUUGUCCUUGAGUAUGAUGCCAGGGAAAAUGGGCCUUACUAUUCCUCUUAUCCUCCAUCCCCUGACUUGUGAUCUGCAGUCCUGCGAUGCUGCUGGUUUCCCAUGGAUCCAAUGACCUGAUGUCUGCCAAAACCUGUGCAUUUGCCCAUGUACAGAAUUCAGAGAGAGGGUUUUCCUCCCCCAGCUCUGGUAUUUUUUUACUGAUGAGAUAUUUUCAAGCACUCAAGCAAUCAGAGAACUUUAUGCCACUGUGAACUCUACAACUAUUUCAAAUAUAUUUAUCCAAUGGAGAAGUUGAUUUCAGGAUCACUAGGUACAUUUUAUUUUCUUCUUUUUUGAAGCAGUUACAUUUAUUCCUGAACAGACGUUCUCUUUUCAGGGAAGUCCAUCCAAAGCACUUGAUCAUAUUUUUAACUAUUAUAAUUUUCCACAUCCAUUUGCAAUACCUGUUUUUGACUGGUUUGUACAAAUACUGUGCAGUACCAGCCUGACAUGUUGCUCAUCAUAUGGUCGCUGUGCUUCACAUCUGGUUACUUUCCCUUUGUUAGUGCUGAUUACUCUGGUCUUGCCCCAGCAAAAGUACCUGGAAUUGGGAAUACCAUGUCUGCAGGCUGAUGAAAGCACUACAGCCAAGCAAAGAUUACUGCAACACUUAAUAUGAUAAACGCUGCGUGAGAUAGGAGCCUGAUACAGUCCCUGCCAGUUUUCAUUGGAUGAUGUGACAUGUCAGGAUGCCACUACCCUCCCAGUAAGAAUAAAGUUGAAAAGCAUUGAAAGUUU